CUCUUCGAUCGCGCGCUGCUCGGCGCCAUGAAUGGCCCUUCGGAGCUCGCCGAUGCCCUCAAAUCCCCGUUCAUGGCGAGGGUUUCCAUCAUCAUUCUCGCCUCCAUCGCCGCCUUCUAUCUCGGCAAGCACGUCUCCAACGCUAACUCCCAGUUUUUCUUCAUAAAUAGCCCUCGUUCGUUCCUCUCCUCCCCGUCUCCCUCCCACUCCAUAGCCAUCUCUCCCAACGCCAAUAUAUCGGUCGAUAUCUCCUCCAUCAUUGCUACCCCUCCCCCCGCUGCACCUCCUCCGCCACCUCCACCACCGCCGCAGCCGGAAAGGUUCGGGAUCGUUGACGAGAAUGGGGUGAUGACAGAGGAUUUUGAUGUUGGGGAGUUUGAUUCGAGCUUGGUUGGGGAAUGGGAGAAUGUAACUGAUCGGAAUGAGAAGGGAGGAGAUUCCGGGGAUGAGGCGGGAAGAGUUAGGGUUAAGGUGAACAAGUUUGAGCUUUGUCCGAUGAGCAUGAAGGAGUAUAUUCCUUGUUUGGAUAAUGAAGAGGCGAUCAAGAAGCUCAAGUCUACUGCAAAUGGGGAGAAAUUCGAGCGUCAUUGCCCGGGUGUUGGGGAUGGAUUGAAUUGCUUGGUUCCAACUCCGAGAGGCUACAAGGUACCCAUUCCUUGGCCGAGGAGCAGAGAUGAGGUAUGGUAUUACAAUGUUCCACAUCAACGCUUGGUUGAUGACAAAGGAGGACAAAAUUGGAUUGUGAGAAGCAAAAGUAAAUUCAAGUUUCCAGGAGGUGGGACACAGUUCAUACAUGGAGCAGACCAGUACCUGGAUCAGAUCUCUAAGAUGGUCCCGGAUAUUGCAUUUGGUCAGAAUACAAGGGUUGUCUUAGAUGUUGGAUGUGGUGUAGCAAGUUUUGGUGCUUUUUUAUUAUCGAGGAAUGUGCUAACCAUGUCAAUAGCUCCCAAAGAUGUUCAUGAAAACCAAAUUCAGUUUGCUCUUGAGCGUGGUGUGCCUGCUAUGCUUGCAGCGUUUGCAACACGACGAUUAUUGUAUCCAAGCCAAGCAUUCGACUUAAUUCAUUGUUCAAGGUGUCGAAUAAAUUGGACUCGUGAUGAUGGAAUUUUGCUUUUUGAGGUUGACAGAAUGCUAAGGCGUGGAGGAUACUUUGCUUGGGCUGCUCAACCGGUCUAUAAACAUGAAGAGGCCCAACAAGAAGUCUGGAAAGAGAUGGAGGAGCUCACUUCAAGAAUUUGUUGGGAGCUAGUGAAAAAGGAGGGUUAUAUUGCUAUCUGGCGGAAGCCUUUGAACAACACAUGCUAUAUCAGCCGCAAUCCUGGAACCCGAGCUCCUCUUUGUGAUCCGGAUGAUGAUCCAAAUAAUGUCUGGUAUGUCAAUUUGAAAGCAUGCAUAACACAGCUCCCUGAAAAUGGACAUGGAGCAAAUGUUGCUCAAUGGCCUGGCCGCCUGCGUGAGCCACCUGCUAGGCUCCAAGAUGUACAGAUGGAUGCAUACAUGGCGAAAAAGGAACUCUUUCUAGCAGAAUCUGGAUACUGGAAUGAAAUAGUUAGAGGUUAUGUACGUGUUUACCAUUGGCAAAAACUGAAACUACGGAAUGUAAUGGACAUGAGAGCGGGAUUCGGAGGGUUUGCAGCUGCAUUGAUAGAUCUGACGGUUGAUUGCUGGGUAAUGAAUGUUGUUCCAACCAGUGGGCCCAACACAUUGCCUGUCAUAUAUGAUCGAGGACUUAUAGGAGUGACUCAUGAUUGGUGCGAACCUUUUGAUACAUAUCCAAGAACUUAUGACUUAUUACAUGCCGCCGGCCUCUUUUCCAGGGAACAGAAAAGGUGCAACAUUACUUUGAUCUUGCUGGAGAUGGAUCGCAUAUUAAGACCCGGUGGUCGUGUUUAUAUUCGUGAUACUAGAUUCGUCAUUGAUGAAAUUAAAGCGAUUACACUGGCUAUGGACUGGAAAACUGAGGUACGUGACACUUCGGAAGGCCCGUUCUCGAGCCGAAAGCUGCUAAUUUGUGAAAAACGAUUACCUCGUUCAUAGGACUCUUCAGAUUAAAGAGCUAAGUUCUAAUAGACACAAGAUCCCGUAUAUUUUCGAAAUAUUUCAUACUCAUUUUGUUCCCUAUAUAUAUUUUUUACCGUAUUAAUUUUACACAUAUAAGUUUGUAAAUUAUUUUUCAUCUUUUACAUAUUUAUGUGUAAAUUUAUAUCUGUUGUCAUCCUAUAAAAGUGGGUAAUUGCUCUCUUAAA